AUGGGCCGUGAUCGUGGUGCGUCGAUCAAUCGAUCUCGGAUGGCGCAGAAGUACCCCUUGAAGUUGAUCAUGGCCAUUUUGGCGGCUUUUGCAAAUUCGAUUGGCCUUCCAAAUGACUUGCUCUACGCCAUUGAUGGCCAGAAGACGAUUGAGGCUGAAGACCACUUUGAGCUCAACCUGAUCUUGGCUGGCGAAAUCGCUAGCGGUCAUGCUCUACCACUCUUACGCAACACUGGUCUUCAACCACGUCUUCCCGAGCAACCAGAUGAUCAAGCUCGAGCAGGCCCUGGGAAAUGUCUUGGUGAACCUGGUGAGCACAAAGAACUACAAAAUCCUCUGUCCCUGGAGGAAUCGGAAAAUGCAGAAGAUCCAGAACAUGUUGCUCCCGAUGAAAAGGAGAACUGUCCAGGCACCCAUCCAUUGUCCCUGGAGGCACUUGUCAAACGAGCUCAUGAUGGACUAGGUCACCCUGGCAAAGAUCGAUUCUUGAGGAUUCUGAAGAACAGCAAGGCCAGUGAUCGAGUGCUGAACAUUGCCCGAAAAAUGAAAUGUUCGGAAUUUGAAAAUCUGGCUGAAGCCGAUGGCACUGAGCUUCUUCCUUCUUCCUUGGAGAUGCCAGAACAACGAGGUUUUUCUCCUGCCCAGCGAGUCUUCGGCUACCAGCAGCGCAUUCCAGGUGGAUUGAUGUCAGAAGGAGAAUCCGAUCUGGCAGUGCAAAGCCUAGCCGCCAUUGGAGACACCAGUGUGGCCAAAGCCAUGAACAUCCGCAAGGCUGCGGCCGUUGCGUUUCAUGAGGUCGAUUGCCAACAAGCAGUUCGAGCAGCCGCAACACAUGGCCCUCGACCUCACUAUUCCCACGAGACUGGCCAAGCAGUCUACUUUUGGCGACGGGCAACCGACACCGCCCGGAAACCUGCAACCUAUUUUUGGCAUGGUCCAGCUAAAAUUGUAGCCCCCCAAUUGCCAUCUACAGCUUGGUUGUCAUACAACCGGCAUCUUGUCAAAGCAGCUCCAGAGAAGGAGUUCUUUUCCCUUUCUGGAUGGCUUGAGGGCAUCUCUCACGCCAAGAAGCAGUUUGAAACGGAGCAGAUCAAAGAACGCCGUGAACUUUUCCAACCUGAUGACAAUGAUCCAGACCUUCCCUUCUUCACUGCACAACUCAAACCUUGGCGGAAAUCCAAGAUGAUCCUAGCAGGUGGCACUGAAGAAGAGACCCUGGAAGACAACCGGACGUAUCAGGAGACUGCGCCAAAAGACCAGCCAUCCCGAGAGGGUGACAACUGCAAGGAAACUUUGUCUGACCAUACGAGGGUGAUACCUCCAGAUGCUAAACCUCCAGAAGACCAACAACCAGAAGAUUAUGUAGCACCAGAAUCUCCAAUUCCCACACCCGAUCAACUAUCUGAUCAAGACCAAGAUGAACCUGGACCUGAGGAGACGAUGAAACCAGAAGAGGUUCCAGUACCAGAGUCUGAGGACGGUGAUCGGAAACGUGAUCAUGAGGCAGUCAGCCAAAGUCCUUCUGACUGGGAGCCCUUGCCAGUCAGCAAGAAAAGCCGACUGGAACUUUUGGAGGUCUACUACCAGGAGAUUGCCAACAAGUCGGCCCAAAGACAGGAAAGGUAUGUGCGGACCAAGAAACCCAUCGAGGACUUUGCAGUUGAGGAUGCGCUCUCUGCCGACGAAAUCCUCGACGUUACUCUGAAUCAGCUAGAAACGAGCACCCCACAAGUUCAUCGAGACUCUGUGAUUUUUGCAGCACAACUGAUGGCCAGCAUGAAGUGGAUCCCUGGUUUUGCAGACUUCACUCAAGCAUUUCACCCUGGGGAUCCCAUUGACCGAGAACUUUAUGCUGAACAACCUGCUGAAGGGCUUCCAGGUGUUGUACGUGGUCAGCUGAUCAAGUUGCUCAAGACAUGCUACGGUCUGACCGAUGGCCCUUAUACCAGUGGUUUAAACAUAUUGUUCGUUUUCUUUGUGAAGAACUUCAAUAUCGACAAUCAGUGGUGGACCCAUGCCUUUUCUUCUUAG